AUGGAUACUCAACAUUCCCCCAGCUCAGUUGUCCCUACGGGCACAGUGGGCACAGUGGGCACAGUGGGCAAGGACAAACACCGGACCGACUCGUUGCUGGAGGAAAGAUCCAUUCAAACUGGAGGAGUUCGAGAUAUUUUGCAGGGAGAGAAGGUGGACGAGGUUCUUGCUGCAAAGAUGACACUUAUCAAUGAUACCAUUGAUGAGAUUGGAUUUACACCUCACCACUGGAAACUAUUUUGUCUGAACGGAUUCGGAUAUGCAGUUGACUCGCUCAUCCUCUUGAUCCAGUCCAUUAUUGCGACCCCGGCCGGGAUGGAGUUCCAGCCAUCAUACUCCACUGGGCUGACCAUUGCGGUUUAUGUCGGCAUGUUGGUGGGCGCCAUUUUUUGGGGUUUUUCGGCAGACAUUAUCGGCCGGCGGUUCGCCUUCAACUGCUCACUGUUUGUUUCGUCGGUAUUCACCGUCGUUGCGGGGGCUUCUCCCUCUUGGAUCACUUUGGGUUUGUUUGUAUGCUUGAGUGCCUUUGGUGCUGGCGGAAACCUGGUUCUGGAUACCACGGUCUUUCUCGAAUAUCUUCCCAGUAAAGAACAGUGGCUAUUGACACUUAUGGCGGCAUGGUGGGGCGUGGGCCAGCUCAUCGCAGGUCUCUUUGCUUGGGCCUUUCUUCCUAACUUCUCCUGCAGUGAUACAGCGACAUGUACUCGCGCCGAUAACCAGGGAUGGCGUUACGUGUGGUACACAUCCGGUGCUUUGGUGUUCGUUCUCUCCAUCCUCCGUGUGACCAUCAUCCGCCUCGAAGAAACCCCCAAGUUCCUCAUUUCCGAGGGCAAAGACGAGCAAGCAGUACGCGUUCUACGCAACAUCGCCGAUCAACACAACCGCCCAUGCAGCCUCACCCUCGAGCGCCUCCAGGCAUGCGGAGAAACCACCCUUCGCGUGGCUCCAGAAUCUAGCUGGGUUGUACGGCUCAUCUCCCCGAGCGAAGUGUUCUUCCACCUCCGUGGACUCUUCGCAACUCGCAAAAUGGGUCUAUCGACGUCCCUCGUCUGGUUCUCAUGGCUGCUCAUCGGCCUUGCCUAUCCGCUUUAUAACGUAUUCCUCCCCACCUAUCUUGCUUCGCGGGGCGCAACCUUUGGGGAGAAUAGCGCGUAUAUCACCUGGCGGAACUACGCGAUCAACAACACCUGCGGCAUCCUCGGUCCUAUUUUGGCGGGAUUCAUGUGUCGCUCGCCCUGGUUCUGGGGUCGUCGAGGAACCAUGAUCAUCGGAGCUAUGGUCACGAUGAUUUUCUUUUUCUGCUAUACGCAAGUGCGUACUGCAAGUCAGAAUGUGGGCUUUACGUGUGCUAUUUCUUUCUGCUUGAAUGUUUACUAUGGUACCCUAUAUGCCUACACACCUGAGGUCUUCCCUUCCGCCCAUCGGGGCACAGGAAAUGGUGUUGCUAUUGGACUCAAUCGGAUUAUGGGAAUCGUUAGUGCCGUUGUUGGCCAGGCCGCAAAUACCAAUACGCCUGUGCCUAUUUACAUCUGCGCGGCCCUUUACAUCGUCAUGGCGGUUGUUGCCGCAGCCUUGCCCUUUGAGCCGUAUGGCAAACGAAGCAGCUAA